AUAUCAACAUCUCCGCAUUGUUAAUCUGCAUCAUGCCGCACGCUCAGGCCACAAGUGCCUAUUUCUGUCCCCUCGUGGCCACGCCGGCUUGGACUUUGCGGAGACAGCGAAUCGCGAGAGGCUGGCAUAUAGCCAAAUCCCCAUGCCGACCGUUGCUCCUUACGAAGACCUUACGAAUCAACAACUCCUGCUGCACUCCUUCGUACGAUCCUUGCGAGCUGGCCCAUCACCUGCACCAAAGCAAUGGCCUUGUUCCUGGCCGCGCUGCGGCGCACUGCAGCACACUGCAGCCGUUGGCGAUCCUAGUCAGCAGUGAUUUGGAAGCCAACCACCAACGUCACUCACUCAAUGCGCACCCGUCCGCGCCGCGACUUCUCGCCCAGAGGAACACGAUGUGCCUGCAUUGCAACUAUGUUUGACGGUCAAGCACGUAUCAACGCGACGCUCUACCCCGCACGUCUAUAUCCAACUUGUCACGAGUCCUCUAAGCCCUCCUCAUGGUUACACGACCGCCCUUACAACGAUGCCUUUGGCUUGUUUUGUAGGAUGUUCUCAAUCUCCCCCAUGACCUCCGGAGUCAUCUUGGGCAGCAACUUCAAAGCCUUGCAGUUGUCGUGGACUUGCUGAGGCUUCGUUGCGCCCAGGAUUACGGUGCUUACGUUUUUG